AUGUUGGAACACCGUGACGAGUGGCAACUGGCAAGUGGUCGAGUAUUCCAGCUCCGCCUGCACUCCGACAAGAAGCCACAGCCUAAUUUGGAAUCACUCACUCCCGCCGUUCGCAAAACCACACGCAUCAAGACCCGACGCAUCAUGCAUACGCGGGGGGAGCCUCUGCGUAAAUGCCCCACCCUGAUCGGCUUUGCCAAAUGCAUUCACGGUAAUAUCUUCGUUCGAGCCGAAGACUUCAGGGAGGAAGACGAGAAGGAGCUCGCCGGGAAGGGACUUCGCCCGAUUUUCGCCAGUGAGAUCGUGGAGAAUGUGAAGGAUGCCGCUCCCAUGGCUCGCCUCGUCGAUAUGGACAACGCGGCAGAGCUUGAUCGCCGCAAGGCGGUAUCGCCCUCGUUCGUCGCAAGGAGAAACACCUUGAGAAUGAAUGAUGAACCUCUGCGUUUUCGGACGGGUACACCAAAGUUCAUCGCGCGCUCGCCUGCUGCCGGCCGCCUGCUUGUCACCAACCUCGCUUUCCGCCGCAUGCCCCAACUCGCAGGCGACCUCGCCGCGAAAUACCGUACAGCGCACUCCAAUGAUCCGUCUGGCUUGCGCAAAUUGGUCGACGCCCGCUCCACCAAGCACGGGGGCGUCUACGACGCAGACCACGUCGAGGAGACGUACGAGGCAACCCCAGAGCUGAUAGCCACAGCGUUCGCGCACCAUCCGCGCCACGAUGCAGAGUCCGUGUUUUGGUGCAUGGUCGUGUUCCUGCUGGUUGCUGUGCCCUUGGGAAGCCCAGACGAAGCUAUACCUGACGAUGCAGACGAUUUCGCGCUGGUUUGCGCGUGGAGGCAUAUCGCCGAUCAUCAGGCCGGCCCUUCGCAGGAUAUAUAUAUAUGCGAUAGUCGCGCGGGUCUGCUCGCUGCAGGCGAACUGUGGAACGAGUGGCUGCAUUGCAUUCCCGAGCUCGCGCAUGCUGGGCCGCUCCUCGCGGCGCUGGCGUCUCAGGUUUCCCCGGAGUGGGCGAUUCCCUCCUGGACCCGCCGCGGCGCCGCCGCGCCCGCUCCACCUCCACGAGGCGGUGCAGCGUGUUAUCCUCACCUCCAACAUAUCGACGUGUGGAAAACGGGCAAUCGCGAGUUUGAGUUUGAGUUUGAUACGGGGCGAGGUCGUACAACGCACCCCCCAGAUACGAGACGAUACGCGCGCGGGUCCCCGAAUGUGCGUAACGCCGAGUAUCGAGGGGCGGCACAGCGCCGCCGGCGCACGCAAGACGAAGCGGCAAUCGGGGCACCUGGGGCCGGAGGAGGAGUCCCAAGCGAAGAGGCAACGAUUGGCAAAGGACGCAAAGCAACAGGAUCCGGUCGGGCCUCAGGGCGUCCCCGCGACCCCACGCCUGGCAAUGGACGGCGUGAGCGCCCGUUUGAUGCCGAUACGGCCUACGAGAACCUCCCUUCGACACCAGGUUUGGCCUCUGCACGCUCGCGUCCCUUUGAUCAUGCUUCCAACGCUUGGAUGGCUUGGCUUUCAUUUGAUUAUUUGAUUAUAUCCGCCUUUCGUUGUUCGUUGCAUGCACUUCACCUCAUCAUGGUUAUUGCAUUAUCACAUCAGCAUUAA